AUGGCGGUCCCCAAGGAUUCCCUCUUCCGCUCCUGCGACAUGUCCUUGACCCAGCUCUACAUUGCGAACGAGAUUGGUCGAGAGGUCGUCAGUGCUCUGGGGGAAGUGGGCGAGGUUCAGUUCCGAGAUUUGAACUCGGAGACUACAGCUUUCCAAAGGACCUUCACUCAGGAGAUUCGAAGACUCGACAAUGUCGAGCGGCAGCUCCGCUACUUCCAAUCCCAAAUCAACAAAGAGUCAAUACCUAUCAGACCGCAGCAUGAAUUCUCAAAUAUGCUUGCAGCCCCUUCAGCUUCUGAAAUUGACGAGCUCUCCGAUAAGAGUGAAAGCCUUGAGCAGCGAGUGGCAUCUCUUAAUGACAGCUACGAGACGCUCAAGAAAAGGGAGGUGGAGCUUACAGAGUGGCGCUGGGUCUUGACGGAAGCAGGUGGUUUUUUUGACAGGGCCCAUGGCAACGUCGACGAGAUCCGCCAAUCUAGCGACAAUGACGAAGCACCACUGUUACAGGAUGUUGAACAGCAAGCAAGAGGUCAAAAUGGAGAUGCCUCUGGUGGACCAUCGCUUUCUGUGAUGAACAUUGGCUUCGUUGCUGGGGUAAUACCACGAGGCAGAAUAGCCGCUUUUGAACGCAUCCUAUGGAGAACGCUACGUGGGAAUCUAUACAUGAACCAAUCCGAGAUACCCAAGCCCCUCAUCGACCCGGUCAACAACGAAGAGGUUCACAAGAACGUCUUUGUCAUUUUCGCACAUGGCAAGGAAGUCAUUGCAAAGAUCCGCAAGAUAUCAGAAUCACUAGGCGCCGAUCUAUACAGCGUGGAUGAAAAUAGCGAGCUUCGACGAGAUCAAAUACACGAAGUCAAUACCCGGUUGAGCGAUCUGGCGAGCGUUCUCCGCAAUACGAAGAACACUCUUGAUGCAGAGCUCACACAAAUUGCCAGAAGCUUGGCUGCCUGGAUGGUUGUCAUUAAGAAGGAGAAGGCCGUAUAUCAAACACUCAACCGCUGCUCAUACGAUCAAGCCAGGAAGACUCUGAUCGCCGAGGCCUGGUGUCCGACGAACGGUUUAUCCUUGAUCAAAUCUACUUUACAGGACGUCAACGACCGGGCAGGAUUAUCAGUUCCAACGAUUGUCAACGUGAUCAAGACUUCAAAAACACCUCCCACAUACAACAAGAGGAAUAAAUUUACGGAGGCUUUUCAGACAAUCAUCGAUGCUUACGGAACAGCCAAAUAUACGGAAGUCAACCCGGGCCUGCCAACUAUCGUAACCUUUCCUUUCCUGUUCGCUGUUAUGUUCGGAGACUUUGGCCACGGGACGUUGAUGUUCAUCGCUGCCCUUGCCAUGAUAUAUUUUGAAAAGCCCAUGUCGAAGACUAAGCUCAAUGAGCUUGUGGCUAUGGCUUUCUACGGACGGUAUAUCAUGCUGAUGAUGGGCCUUUUUUCGAUAUAUACUGGACUUAUUUACAACGAUGUCUUCUCGAAGGCGCUCACGCUUUUUCCCAGCCAGUGGGAAUGGCCACAUGACUUCAAGGAGGGGGAGACUGUGCGGGCUCAGCUUAAGGGCGGCUACAGGUACCCAUUUGGACUUGACUGGAGCUGGCAUGGAACCGAAAACGAAUUACUCUUCUCCAACAGCUUCAAAAUGAAGCUCAGUAUACUAAUGGGCUGGACUCACAUGACCUACUCUCUAUGCCUCUCCUUUAUCAACGCGCGUCAUUUUAAGACACCGAUCGACAUUUGGGGUAACUUCGUGCCUGGCAUGAUUUUCUUCCAAUCCAUUUUCGGGUAUCUUGUCUUCACAAUCGUCUAUAAGUGGUGCAUAGACUGGUACGCAAUUGGCGAAUCGCCACCUGGGCUACUGAACAUGCUUAUAUACAUGUUCCUCCAGCCGUUGACGGUAGAUGAGCAGCUUUAUCCGGGACAGAUGGUUGUUCAGGUGAUAUUACUACUAGUUGCCGUUGCCUGCGUACCAGUCUUACUCCUGCUAAAGCCAUUGUAUCUGCGAUAUGAGCACAACAGGGCUCGCGCACUGGGAUACCGAGGCAUUGGCGAAACAUCAAGAUUCAGCGCUCUGGACGAUGACGAUGCGGAUGGGCAUGCUAUGAACGGCGGCCGAGACAGCAUGGGAUCGGAUCAUGAGGCCAAUGCAAUGAUCACCGAGGAUAUCGGCGAUGAGGAACACGAGGAGUUCGAGUUCUCGGAAGUGAUGAUCCAUCAAACGAUCCACACCAUCGAAUUCUGCCUGAACUGUGUAUCCCACACCGCGUCCUACCUCCGUUUGUGGGCCUUGUCGCUCGCCCAUCAGCAGCUCUCCGUCGUAUUAUGGACUAUGACACUUGGCCAGGCGUUUAAUUUCGAAGGGGUCCUGGGAGUGAUCAUGACCGUCGUCUUCUUCUAUGUUUGGUUCUUCCUGACCAUCGCCAUUCUCUGCGUAAUGGAGGGUACAAGUGCAAUGUUGCAUAGCUUACGAUUACAUUGGGUCGAGGCGAUGAGCAAGCACUUCAUGGGAGACGGGAUUGCUUUCGAGCCUUUUAGUUUUAAGUUGCUAUUGGAGGAAGAUGCGGAUGAAGGAUAA